CAAUGAAAAUUAACUUAUCGUAAUGGUGGUGUGAUUGUAGUAAACGAUUGACUGAAUGCUUCUAUUUUUAUUUGUAUUUUGUAGAUAAGUAUUAUUAAGCGUACUAAAAUAGUGUUGAGGCUGCGGCCCUAUCAUGCUUUAUGUCGCAAUCAGCUAAAACAACAGUUUUGGCAGAAGAAGGUGGAAAUCAGGGUAGAAAACGUACAUAUAACAGCGACCUGUGUUCUAAAACUGACGAUAUGAGUGCCAGUGAAAAGAAAUCGAACUUUUCUAUGUUGACUACGAAUUCCAAUGGAGCCGUUAAGACGACGUUGCCAUCUAUGCAGUCCAAGCCUGGAGCGACGACAAAGAAGUUGAUAAUUAAGAAUUUUAAAAGCAAGCCAAAGUUGCCGGAGAACUACCAGGAGACGACAUGGAGCAAGCUGCGGGAGGCCGUGGUGGCGAUCCAGACGUCGACGGCCAUUGCCUACUCUCUGGAGGAGCUGUACCAGGCGGUGGAGAAUAUGUGCAGCCACAAGAUGGCAUCCCAACUAUAUGUAAACCUAACAAACCUCGUAGAAGCUCACGUGAAAGCUAAUAUUGAACAGUUUCUCUCAGAGAGCAUGGACCGACAGGUGUUCCUCAAGCGCAUGGAUGACUGCUGGCGGGCACACUGCCGGCAGAUGAUCAUGAUCCGGAGCAUCUUCCUUUAUUUAGAUAGAACUUAUGUUUUGCAGAAUCCUAGUAUACAUUCAAUUUGGGACAUGGGCCUAGACCUAUUCCGCCAUCACAUAGCGAUGAACACGCUGAUACAAACUCGCACGGUCGAUGGCCUGUUGUUGCUAAUCGAACGCGAGCGAGGUGGUGAUGCAGUGGACAUCUCGUUGCUCAAGAGUCUGCUGCGGAUGCUGUCAGACCUGCAGAUAUACCAGGACGCGUUUGAGCACAAGUUCCUCCAAGCCACUGAACGUCUAUACGCCGCAGAAGGCCAACGCCUCGUUCGUGAGCUCGCCGUACCUUCUUACCUAGCGCACGUAGAAAAACGACUGCGGGAGGAGAACGAACGGCUAUUACACUAUUUGGACCCCUCGACCAAAUGGCAACUAAUACACACGAUAGAACGUAUGCUGCUCAGCGAACACUUAACCGCUAUCCUCAGUAAAGGCCUGGAGGCUCUCAUGGACGGUCCGAGACACUCCGACCUCACCACCCUGUAUAGUCUGUUCAGUCGAGUCAAGGAUGGCUUGAAUGAGCUCUGUAGCCACUUCAAUGCUUAUAUUAAGAAAAAAGGUCGCACGAUAGUGAUCGAGCCGGAACGAGAUAAGAGUAUGGUGGCCGAGCUCCUGGACUUCAAGGAGCAGCUGGACCACGUGGUGGCCACGUGCUUCCAGAGGAACGACAAGUUCCUGUACUCCAUGCGGGAGGCCUUCGAGUACUUCAUCAACCAGCGCCAGAACAAGCCCGCUGAACUUAUUGCUAAGUUCGUGGACGUAAAAUUACGGGCAGGCAACAAGGAAGCGACGGAGGAGGAGCUAGAGAGGCUGCUAGACAAAAUCAUGGUGCUGUUCCGGUUCAUCCACGGCAAGGAUGUGUUCGAGGCGUUCUACAAGAAGGACUUGGCCAAGAGGUUGUUGGUCGGCAAAUCAGCUUCAGUGGACGCCGAAAAGUCAAUGCUGAGCAAACUAAAGCAAGAGUGUGGUGGCGGCUUCACCUGCAAGUUGGAGGGCAUGUUCAAAGAUAUGGAGCUGUCCAAAGACAUCAAUAUUACGUAUAAACAGCACCUGGCGGGCACGCCGCCGCCGGACGGCAGCGCGCUGGAGCUGUCGGUGCACAUCCUGACGAUGGGCUUCUGGCCGACGUACGGCGCGGCCGAGGCGCGCCUGCCCGCCGCGCUGACGCGCCAGCAGGACCACUUCACCAAGUUCUACCUCGGCAAGCACUCCGGCCGCAAGCUCACCUGGCAGCCCAUGCUGGGCCACUGCGUGCUGAGGGCGCACUUCGCACAGGGUAAUAAAGAAUUACAAGUAUCGCUGUUCCAAGCCCUAGUACUGCUACUCUUCAAUGAAGGCGACAACUUAUCUUUCGAAGAAAUCAAAGCGGCUACAAAUAUUGAGGAGGGCGAGCUGCGGCGCACGCUGCAGUCGCUGGCGUGCGGCAAGGCGCGCGUGCUCAGCAAGGCGCCGCGCGGCCGCGAGGUCAAGGACGACGACCACUUCGCCUUCAACAACGACUUCACCAACAAGCUCUUCCGCAUCAAGAUCAACCAGAUACAGAUGAAGGAGACUAGCGAGGAGCAGAAGGCGACGGAGGAGCGCGUGUUCCAGGACCGGCAGUACCAGAUCGACGCGGCCAUCGUGCGCGUCAUGAAGAUGCGCAAGGCGCUCUCACACAACCUGCUCAUCUCCGAGCUCUACAACCAGCUCAAGUUCCCCGUCAAGCCCGCGGACCUGAAGAAGCGCAUCGAGUCGCUGAUCGACCGCGACUACAUGGAGCGCGACAAGGACAACCCCAACCAGUACAACUACGUCGCGUAGCGCGCGACAACGCGCUUAUUUAUUACUAUUUAUUCACAAGCACGGUGCGUGGACAAAUGUUGGAGAACGGCUACCGCGGAAUUCGAAAUUAAGGCCAGCAUAACGGGAUAAAGUAUAGGGGAUAUUACACAAAACUCUGCAUAGGGGGCGCCUCUAACAAGAAAAUCGAAAUUUCGAUAUCUGCCUCUCUAUCUGUUGCAUAUCCAGCCGAUAGAGACAGAUAACGAAAUUUAUUUCCGCGUUUUGCGGUAGGCCUCUGUAAACAACCCGCCUUCAAUGUCGUAGUAAUACUUCUCAGAAAAACUGUUUAAGCAAUAGUAUGUAUAAGUUACUCUAUGGUUUACAAUAUGUGCUAGUGCUGCUCUCUGGCGGCAGAACAUUGCAGUAAUAGUCCCUAUUUAAACAAUCUUAAUUUCUGGACUGCAAUGAACACAUUGUCGGACAAGAAUGAACAGUCACCAGCAUAAUAGGGAGGCAGGUGAGAUAAAUCAAAUGAUCUUCACAAGCUCUUUUUUUUAGAACAAUAUACAUAGUAUAUUAUACACCUAGCAGGCAGUAAAGUAAUAAAUAUCUCAGAUCACCAAGGCGCCCGACAUUUUGAAAACAUAACCCUGCUCCGUGCAACAGAGACUUGCUUGUACCAAUCUCAACGAUUAAAUAUGUCCCAAAGUGGUCCGUAGACUGUGAACGAACAUUAUCGACUCAUAAAUGGGUCCUAAAUAAUGGUUAUGUUUUCAAAAUAAUGCGCGUUUUUCCGAUCACAUGUGAUUGUCGGUCGAGGUGAGGCCGAGGUCGACAAACAUGUUAUUUGAGGCUUUCUUAACUUUCGGAGGUGUGUAUACACCAUUUUUCUGUUCGACGGAGCCGGUUAGCACAGCGGGCCGAAAGUUGACGCUUUCCGGCCGGAGGGCAGAAAUAGUUAUUUGUGUCCCAAGGGAGGAAAAGUAGGAAAUUGCAUGCCGCGUGUAAAAUUGUUACCCGAGCCGAAGGCGAGGGUGGCAAACACGCGGGAUGGAAUGUCCUACGUCUCCUCCCAUGGUGCGCAUACUAUUUUUCUGCUCGACGAAGGCAGAAGCGGCAACCUCGUUUAGCGUAGCGGGAGAAAAAUUGACGCUAUACGCCCGGAGGGCAGGAAAAAUACUUUCAGUUCCUGUUGAUACCGUUUAUACUGACAGCUCUCUUGUACACCAGCGUACCUGCAACGAAUCCCGCAACGUUUGUCAACCAACCAAAUAAGGACAGAGAUAAUCGCUCUAUAUCUCAAUAUUAUUCAGUAUAUAGAUUGUGCCAUUCACAAAGUCGCGAGCCUUGACUCGCAAUUUCAUGUCAUUAAAGGUUAGAUUUGACAAGUCUGCGCGUCAUCGUGGAUGACACGAACUGUAACGGCAGUUUGCAUUGUUUCGUUGGCCUUAAUUUAGACAAUUUUCGAAAUUAAAUGUUCGCGGUAGCUCCUCUCCUCCUAUAGGCUACUACAGACAUCGUGAAGGCGGGUUUUCACCAGAGUGCGCCACAGGCAUAUUCAGUACACAAAUGUUAGUGCUGCACAUUGGAGGAAUCCCUCUCUCUUUUCGCCGCCACGUCAUUAGGCGGGUCCACACAGAGCGCGAGGCAAUUUCCUCGUUAACAAAACGGCCAGUAUGGACGUACCUCGGCCGAGGCGGCGCGCGCGUUUUCCUCGCCCGAGCGCGUCUACACUGGCCGUUUUGUGCGCGAGGAAAUUGCCUCGCGCUUAUGCUCGCUCUGUGUGGACCCGCCUAAUGAAGUAAUAAAUUGUCGUCAGCGCCACGUCAGAAAUUGCACGUAUACAAACCUGACCAAAACCACGACUUGAUAUGAAGUCGUGGCGUGUGGAAUACGAAUUGUACCGACUUUAUAUCAAAUCAAUGGUGGCGAAAAGUUUAAAAAACUAAGUUCGCAUAAAAAUGUAUAACUGACAUAACUGUUAAUAUUAGCGGAACUCUUUCUAAUUCCUUAUAUUAAAAAAAAGAGUGCUAUAGGUCCCUGAUUAUCUGUCUACUAUGAUAAAUUCAGAUCUGAUGUCUAUUGUAAUGGACAUUUGUCACAUAGAAUCGACAGAUUUCCUUAAUUAUAGAAAAUUAGAUCUUAUUUUAGGGCUUUAGAAAUCAGAUCUGAAUUUAUUAAAGCCAAUAGACAUUGGUCUGAAUCUGAAUUCAAAUGUUUGUAGUGUUCCUAAAUGAUUGUAUGUUUCCCACCAAACAGGCCGGGCCGCACUUUACUUGAUAUUACAUUUUCAAGAGUUACGUUUUGUAUUUAAAAUUACUUUUCAAACUUCGUACCAAAGAGAAUUUGAAAUAAAGGUGUAUUGUCAAAGAAAACUUUUUAGCGACGUAAAUUUACUGCCAUCUUUCGACAUAUAAUUAAAACUUUUAGGACGCUAAAUUUACGUCGCUACAAAGUUUUCUUUGACAAUUCACCUCUAUUUAAAAUUAUCUAUGUCCGUACGCAGUCGCCUGCCAUUUAAAAAUGACAUAUUAUAACUAACUAGCUUUUGCUUGCAACUUACGCCUAAAAUUAGUACUUCCAUAGUAAAUUCUAUCCCCCUUUUCACCCCCUUAAACGAUGAAAACUGCCAUGUUCUUUCGUAAGAUUUAAAAUUUCAUCGAAAUCAGUUCACUGAUUCAAGCGCGAAGA